AUGGUCAUCAAGCUCUACGGACACCCCAGAAGUGUCUGCACCACUCGCGUCGCCAUAGUCCUCUACCAGAAGGAAAUCCCCUACGAACUGAUCACCAUCGAUUUCGCCAACGCUGAACACAAAUCACCCGCGUUCAAGGAGAAACAACCGUUUGGCCAGAUACCCUAUCUUGAAGACAAUGGGUUCAUCGUGUUUGAAUCACGAGCGAUUUGCCGUUAUCUCGCGAUGAAAUAUAAAGAUCAAGGGCCUCGAUUGCUUCCUGACUUUAACAAUCUUCACGCUACGGCUCUGUUUGAACAGGCUCUAUCGAUCGAGGUGGCUAAUUUCGAUGCAUAUGCCAUGCCAGCUGUGCUCGAGAACGUCAUCAAGAAAAUGCGUGGUCAAACUCCCAAUCCAGAAGUAUUCAACGCCUUGAUUGAAGAGUUGGACGCGAAAUUGAAAGGCUACGAGGUUAUAUUGAGUAAACAAAAGUAUCUCGCUGGAAAUGAAAUCACCCUCGCAGAUCUUAACCACCUUCCCUAUGGCGCCUUACUCUUGGUUGCUGGAAGCGAUAUUCUUUCCAAGCAAGGACCCAACUUUAGUCGCUGGUGGAACGAACUUCUCGCUCUGGAUUCUUGGAAGGCCGUUUCCCAAGGUGUUCCGGAAAAGAGUAACUUUUGA